CGCAGACCGCACACGCUCUCCCCUUCUCCGCCACUUGCUCUUUAAUUAACUCGCCCUUCCGUCCUAUUCCACCGGUUUCCGUCCUCUCUCCACCCCGAUUCCCACAUCGCUACAAAUCCAGAUUCUCCCUCUUCUUUCACCGAAUCACGUUUCUCUGGGGACUAUAAACAAGGAUAUAGUCUUUUUCUGUUGGGUUUUUUCCUUACCCUGCUCUGCUUCACUGUCACGAUUAGCUGGAAUUGCGAGGCUCUUUGUCUUUGUGGGUGGCGGCUAGAUUAGUGAGAGUGUGAGAGAGAAAAGGCAUCUAGCGAGUGGGGUUUGAGAUUUGGAGGAGGAGGAGCUGGCUGUGGGGACGUUCGAGGGAGGGGACGACAACAACGCCCACGAUCUGUUUGGUUUUAUUCCUCUUAGAAGAAUACUAGGGAGGUGGUUUUUUCGAUUUUUGAGUGACAAUCAAUCAUGCCAUCAGGUGCGAAGAAGAGAAAAGCUGCUAAGAAAAAGAAGGAACAGCAGGCCUACCACCACCAUCCCAAUGGGAACAACCCACAAGCAAACGGUGAUCAAAAAGUUGAAGAUGAGAGGGACAGUGAUAUCUCUGAGUUGAAUUCCCCAGGAUCAGAAGGGAACCCUCAUCAUCAGGAUACAUUCAGGGAGGGCAAUGGAUUACCCGAAAAAACUGGGAUAGCUGCUGAGAACCAAAUUGCAGAGAAUCCAAAUGGAAAAGCUGGACCAAGUGAUGAAUCUGGACACCAUGAUGAUGUAGUGAUUAAGAGGGAGGGAGAUGAGAAGUCUUCUGAUCAGGAAGUUAAGAGCCGUGAGGUUACCAUUGAGCACAUAGAUUCUGGAAAGUCCUCUGAUGGUGACAGAAGCUCAACUAGCAGCAGCAGUUCUUCUGAUGAUGAAUCCUCAACAGUUCAGGAUAAGCAUAAAGAAGUGGUGAUACAAGUUUCUGAAACACAACAGCAACCGCCCAACGAAGUUAUCGCUGAGAUGGAAGCUGCUGAAGUUGUGAAUCCUGAGGUUAUUGAGAUAGUGAAAGAUCAUGAGGUGAAAUUGCCCACAUCUUAUCAGUCUAAUGAAGUGCUAUUGCCUUCGGAUUCUGGUAAAAAUCAAGAAGUUUUCCCUACAUCAGAUCAGAAUGUUGAGGUGAUUGUGACUAGUAAAACUGUGAGAGAAGAUAAAACAACAACAUCAUUAGGUUCUGCUACUGAAACCAGUAUUCAUCAGGAUGCUUCUACUGAAACCGGUGUUGAUGCGGUCUAUGCUAAAGACACCAAGAUUUCUGAAUCAAUCGAGAAACAGCCUCUUGUGACCAACAAUGCUCCACGUUUAGCCCAACGAACCUCCUGGUUUAGCUGCUGUGGCUUAUUGGAUGCGGUUUCCAGUCCCAAUCGGUGAUGCCAGGUAAACUUAAAUCACAACACCACAUUUGUUUUCCUGUGCAAUGGUUGUUGUGGGUCUUAUUUCCAAUUUGCCUAUUGUUGAAUCGUUGCGCUAUAUCCUCUGUCUUGAAUUUUAUAGAUGGUCUGUUAGCUCUCUUCUGUCUCAUUGAGUGGAUAUCCUGGAUGUUGCCGUUGUAAACAUGCCAGAUGAUUUAUGAACUAAUCCAUGACCUUCCUCUCUUGUUGCUUUAUGAACUAAAUCAGAAAACAAGAACAGACACAGUAAUUUGCAUGCUAAGCUAGGUUUUAUCCUAUGGAAUCUCCUCUCUAGCGAUUUGAGAGAGGAAAUGAAUAAUUAACAGUUUGGAGACUUCGACCUCUAUAAAUGCGUUCCCUUGAG